CGGCUCCGCCCUCCCCCCUUAUUAGGUGCUCGGCAUGCCCCGACUCGCCGUCGUUGGGCUCCGGGACCCGGGAGCUUUGGGGCGGAGUCCACAGGCGAGGACGUGAGCUCACAGCCCGGGACUGCUGGCAGGCCGGCGGCCACAGCGAAGGGGCGGCACGGUGUGGGCUUGUAACCCGGCGAAGAAGAGAGGCGCCCCGCGGACGUGCUGAGAGUGAGAGUAUGAGGCUCUGGCUUCUGCUGGCCACUCAUUUGUGACCCUUUCACGACGGCGGAGCCUUCCAAACUGACCUGCCGUGUGGUGAUCUACCUGCAGCGGGAGAUGUCGGGAGACACCUGUCUGUGCCCAGCCUCGGGGGCCAAGCCCAAGCUGAGCGGCUUCAAGGGAGGAGGCCUGGGCAACAAAUACGUGCAGCUCAAUGUGGGUGGCUCCCUGUACUACACCACGGUGCGGGCGCUAACCCGGCAAGACACCAUGCUCAAGGCCAUGUUCAGUGGGCGCAUGGAGGUGCUGACCGACAAAGAAGGCUGGAUCCUCAUAGACCGAUGUGGAAAGCAUUUCGGCACCAUUUUGAAUUACCUCCGCGAUGACACCAUCAUCCUCCCUCAAAACCGGCAAGAAAUCAAGGAAUUGAUGGCUGAAGCGAAAUAUUACCUCAUUCAGGGACUGGUGGACAUGUGCCAGACUGCCCUGCAGGACAAGAAGGACUCGUGCCAACCUGUGUGCAACAUCCCCAUCAUCACAUCCCUGAAAGAGGAAGAGAAGCUCAUCGAAUCCUCCACCAAGCCCGUGGUGAAGCUGCUAUACAAUAGGAGCAACAACAAGUAUUCCUACACCAGUAACUCUGACGACCACCUGCUAAAAAACAUUGAGCUGUUUGACAAGCUCUCCCUGCGCUUCAACGGCCGUGUGCUCUUCAUCAAGGACGUCAUCGGGGACGAGAUCUGCUGCUGGUCCUUCUAUGGCCAGGGCCGGAAACUGGCAGAGGUGUGCUGCACCUCCAUCGUGUAUGCCACGGAGAAGAAGCAGACCAAGGUAGAGUUUCCAGAGGCCCGAAUCUAUGAGGAAACACUCAAUGUCCUACUUUACGAGACCCCCCGAGUCCCUGACAACUCCUUGUUGGAGGCCACAAGCCGUAGCCGCAGUCAGGCUUCCCCCAGUGAAGAUGAGGAGACCUUUGAACUGCGGGACCGUGUCCGUCGCAUCCAUGUCAAGCGCUAUAGCACUUACGAUGACAGGCAGCUCAGCCACCAGUCUGCCCACCGUGACUGACAGGACUCAUCUCUUGUGGAGCCCUGCCCCCUUGGCCAACCCACACUGCUGCCGCUGUCUGGGACUCUGCUCCAGCACCCGGAGGCAUGACAGGCCCCGCCUGGGAGGUCAGAGGGCCUGAGCAGGGAAGCAACUACAUGCUUCUGCCCUGAGUCCUGAGCACUUAAUGACCACAUCUUGACCCCUUUGCUCAACAUCUCCCUGCCUGUCUGACAGGGAGCAGCUCCUGGUUCUGGGAUAAAUGGACUGAAUCUCCUACCUCCCACUAAGAGCUUCUCCCUCGGCCCAUUGCUGAACACCCCUCUACUGAAGGGCUACCCCAUAGCACCCCUUCCCUCUGGCUGAGGCCCAAGGGAAAUGGGUUCAUCUUGUGGGAAAGGUGGUUCCUGGUGCUGUGGAAACCCAGUUUCUUACAGGAGCUCCUUUUUUUCCUAAAAGCACAGGCUUGAUGAGCUUGUUUUUUAAAAAAUAAUCUAGGAAAUGAGUAGUUUUAAAUCUAAUAGUAAGGGAACUGGGUCUUUCUCCUUCCCCUUCAGGUUGCCUUACCCUGGGUGAGGCAGGACUGUUGGCCUUUCUCCAUACCUCUGGGAUCUGUUUCUUUAAAGCACUUUCUACUUUCACUCGGGGUAUUUGACCCACAUCUAUUUUUUUUUUUUUUUUUUUUUGGGACACUAAUACCCCUCUUCCUGCAAAAUCAAUCUGAGGAAAGGAAUAGAAGUAGCAAAAAAAAAAAAAACCACGCCAGACUGAUAUGCUUUCACUUUGUCAGGCUGGCCCAGUGCCAUGAGGAGGGAAAGUGUGAUUGGGACCUGAGAGCCUAAGAGCACCCCUCUGAGGAAAGACGUUUUACCCUCCAUCUUGGAGUCAGACACCAAGGGCCUAAUGUGAUUGUAUUUUUUGAUCCUCUUGUCCUGAGCUCUAAGGCAUGCUGUCCUCAGUAUAAAGCCAAAGAGCCAUUAUAGGGGCUGGAAGCUGCUUGAGGUCAGGAACAUGAGCUGCAGCAGGAAGGCUAUGAGCCCUCACUUGCAUGCCCAUCAGCCACAGGCAGUGAAUGCAGAGUCCUGCCUUCCCAGGAGCCUGUGCAGUGGCCCCUGCUUGGCCAUACAUCCGCCUCCUCCAUUCAUGAUAUUGGUCUUGUGUCCUGGCUGUACUUGGUACCUCUACCAUGGUGAGUCUCACACAGGAUGAUGUGACCAGCCCAAGCCCUUUCAAGGCCUUCAUUCCUUUCUUGUUGGGUAACUUGGCUAUGGAAAUGCUAAGCACCAGCUCUUGGGCCAGAGUGUGGGUUCCUCUCCAGGACUUUGGUUUUCAUUUUCUUUUUUGUUUGGUUUGGCCCUUGAGAGGCUACAUAUCUGAAUUCAUAACCAGAGGAAUGAAUGCCCUCAGGGAGGGAGCUAUUCAGGCAGCCUAUCAAGGCAGCAGAGCCACUUAGCAGUACUUUAGGAGGGGACAACAGUUCUCAAGAUCCUCUUUUACUACACAGCUAAGUGGCUGCUCAUGGCUGACCCCAGAGUCUCUGUGGACAAUGUCAGGCCCAAGGGUUAGUAGAAACCCACAAGGACCUGAAAUGGCACAGAUCAGGGGAAAUGUGACUCCAAUCAAACAUUUUACACUUGUUGCAGUUUUGAAUGUAUAUAUUAGCCUUUCAGGUGAGGCACCCUGGUGAUACUACAGUUCUUCCAGCCCUCACUAGAAUAACAAGACGAAGACAAAUCCACUGCUUUGACCAGAUUUUGGCUUUGGUUUUGUGGCUUUCUCUACUAGAAUGCUUCCUCCUGGAGCCAGUGGCCAGUUUCCUCAGCACCUUCCUGAAACCCAACACUCAAGGUCCUAGUGCCCCAUGCAGGUACUUCAACACUUGUCUUCCCCCCCCCCCCCCCCCCCAGCCCCUGUAGCCACUACGGCUUUGACAUUCGGUUAUCUCAGUGGUGACUGGUUCUUCUUGAGAAAGCACAAAUAGUGUGGGACUCAGCUUAUAACUCCUCUGAGUGAAAGUAUUUCCUUGGUCUUAAGAAAAAUACUAACAUUGAAGUGAUCUGUGGACUAAGGGUUUGGGAAAUUUUUCAAUUUCCCAGUGUCAUUCAGAAAGCACCACCAGGCUGUAUAAAUUUCUCAACUUUGAGCAGCCCAGGGGAAAGUGUGGAUGAAGGUCAAACUUUGUCAGUUUCUGACAAAACUGGAAGCCUACUAUUAACCACAUGUACCAUUAUUGGCUCUUUGUUGCUCAACAAAGAUGGAAACAAGCACUAAUUUCUAAUAAAAUUCUGUUAUACUACAGUGGUAUAUCUGCGCUUAUAAUCAGUGUUCCUUGGUGAGCUUACUGCUAUGAGCUGAGUUCUAAAUUUCUGUCCACGGCUUGACCUUGUCUUCUCCCUGGAUAUUAAGUCUGAUUAUACUCAGUUGCCCUGCAACCCAGGCUCCCCCUGGUGGAGGAUUAAGGACAACACUAAUAAGGGCUGGAACUGAGAUUUAAUAUUAAUUCAAGAAUGAAACGAUCUCUUUAACAAUCACUAUGGUGGUGGGGGAGCAGGAAUCCUAAGAAUCAGGGCAAAAUAUAGCACAUCUCAUCUCUGGCUCUUGGAAACCUUUGAGAAACUCAGAAAAGAGUUGCCUAUUUUCAUGCCUAAAGCACCUUGACUAAGUUUCUGCAUUUGUAGUCUGGAUGCUUGACAGAUUUGUGCUCAUAGGGGGCAAGCCCAAACCACACUGGCUUGCCUCACUACACUCCCAGGCUGGGAAGGCCAGAGAUGCCAAUGGUCAGCCAGCACUAAGAAUCAGGCCACUCUUUACACCCUGAUGCUUGACGUCUCUGUGCCUGGCAGAGGAUGAUGACAAGAUUAGAGUCCAGUCCAGCCCCUACCCUACAGACUUAGAGUGACCCGUAGUGACACCCAAACAACUUCCAGUUUCAGGAGGGAACAGGUACAUAACCCAGUAGAAGGGGCAGCUUCCUUGUAGGGCAGCAAGGAAAGCAAUCAAGGGCCCCCACCAAGUCAAAAAGAGAGCCUGAGGCCCUGGGGGCAGAAAUGGCAAGGGUGGCCAAGCGUGCACUGUUUAUUGACCGAACCUCACAUUCCAAACAGCUGUCUGACAGGCCAGGAAAUUGCUUCAGGGGCCUGUGACAGCUGAACAGAGUUCCUCAUGGAAAAGUUGACUGGAACACAGUGUCGGCAGGGCUUAUGGGGGAGGCCAGCCUUGGAAGAGUCCUACGUGGGUCUUCUGGAGAAAAGAAGUUAUGCCCCACCUCCCAAAAAAAGAACCCUACAAUCAAAUGGCGCAAACGAUUAAGAGACCUAUUGUGGCCUAUGAUGGAGAGAGAAAGUUCUGCAGCAAUUGUGGGACGAGAGCUGUUCUUCAGGAGCCAAGCACUCAGGACCUUAGCUGGCCUACCAGUGAAGGCCUGAAGGUGGUGUCUUCUCAUCUUUAUUGCUUUCCAGGGAGAAGGGAGGGAUCCGGACAUCAAAAUGGGAGCCGUCAGGCCUCUCAAAGCGGAACGUGCCCCUGUAGGUCAGAGAGAAGCUGGACUUAGAGGGAGUGAGGACUGAGUUCUGAGGACCUGGACAGCCCAUGCCCUCUGUGGCAGAGCCACAGCAGGAUGAGACAGGACUGGGACCUCCUGCCUGGCUCGUGGGAGGAUACACUAAUCCAGAGAUCCAAGGGCCCCUCCUGGCUCUACAUGAAAGGGAAACAACAGCUGUCCUGACUGGCCCAUGGAGGCACACCACAUAAACUACCCAAUUACAUUUUCAGGUUAAGAAGUGAAAUGCCAGGGAAAAUACCAAACUAUAUGGGCAGCUCUACAGCAUGAAAUCUAAAUUCUCAGUCAACAAAAUCAUGGACUGGAAAACUGUAAAACAAAUCAGUGCAGUCCCACCCAGCAAUGCACAACAUAUAAGCCGCCAUCUCAGGACUUAUCUUGGCCCAGAGUUUAACAAGUAUGAGUUAGUGAUGAGCUCUCAUUUUUCUGACCUGCAAUUAGUGUGUGUGGAGUUGAGUCUCCCUUGCCCCAGCAUGUGCUCACUUACCACAUGUGCCCACUGGAAGCCUGAAGAGAGACGUGGCUGCUGUACUGGAAUGCGGGCUGCUCCUUGGAUAACACUGGCUCCUGUGAGAUUCAGGCAAAAGAUGUCAAGACACAUUCUCUAUCUGGGGCCAAAAGUUGCCUGCCAGUACCGCUUCCCACAGUGUGGCCACUGACCUGGCUCUUUUAUUCUCACUCCAGGAAGAUCACCUCAGACUGAAUGUCUAGGCACCAGGCAAAGAUGCCAGGCACAGAAUCUCAUCUGUAAAUGCCCCUUGUGGCAUCCAUUUACUGAGUACCUAAGUAUGAGGCACCAUGGCAGUGCUCUGCAAACCUCUGCUAAUCGAUGCCUUCUGACAAGCAUAAGGUAACAGGUACAAUACCCAUGUUAGCAAAUUACUUAAAUAACUUGCCUAAAGUUAUGUAGUGAGCAGACAACACAGCCAAC